AGAGGAGGGGCCAUAUAAAGUACUAAAGCAGAAACUGCUACUUUGUCCGCUUUAGAACAAGUACAUGGAAACGGACGCUUCCUUUGAUACGAGACUAUUCACACAUCCCCACCUCAAUGAAGAAUACCCUCUAAAGGAGUUAUGGGGUUGGAUGGGAUUUACCUUUUUUCCUAGUGGAUGCACCCUGAGGGGACUUAUUUGGCCACAUUUUGGACUGACUAUGUUCAUGUUUUUAGUGUUAAUUGAUCUGCGAGAAGCUUGUUGACACCCCAGGAGCCCAAACUGCUCCUCAACCAACUCAUAUCAGGACUGAUUCCUUCACCAUAUGAGACAUCAUGUAUUUAUUCUACACAGCCUAUCUCUUUGCGGAGCCUUAAGGUACAGUGUGUUGCUUAUAUUCUAUGUUCUCAGUUGAGUGUUCUAUACGGAGCCAUCCUCUAAUUAACAAAUUAGCCCGUGUGGCACAACUGAUCGUGUACAUUUGACCAGUUCAGAGGCGCACUAUCUCGGACUGGAAAGAAAAUAAGUUGUAUCCAGUCAAAGAAAGCAGGCAGUCACCAACAAGAUUUCGGAGACAAUCAUGGGCAACCAUUCGCACAAUCUCCUGACUCUGCACCACAUUGAGCUGAGCCAGUCCACGUACAUGGAGAACGGCAACUUCACCAACGCCACGGACGCGGAGUCCAACUCCCUGGGCUGCGUGCAGAUCCGCAUCCCCCAGGAACUGUUCCUCACCCUCGGGCUCAUCAGCCUAGUCGAGAACAUCCUGGUGGUGCUGGCCAUCUUCAAGAACCGCAACCUGCACUCGCCCAUGUACUACUUCAUCUGCUGCCUCGCCGUGUCCGACAUGCUCGUGAGCGUCAGCAACGUGGUGGAGACAAUCUUCAUGCUACUUAACGACCACGGGCUGCUGGACGUCCACCCGGGCAUGCUGCGACACCUGGACAACGUCAUCGACGUCAUGAUCUGCAGCUCGGUGGUGUCCUCGCUGUCGUUCCUGUGCGCCAUCGCGGCGGACCGUUACAUCACCAUCUUCUACGCGCUGCGCUACCACAGCAUCAUGACCAGUCAGCGCGCGGUGGCCAUCAUCGUGCUGGUGUGGCUGGCCAGCAUCACCUCGAGCAUCCUCUUCAUCGUGUACCACACGGACAACGCCGUGAUCGUGUGCCUCAUCACGUUCUUCUGCAUCACCUUGGUGUUCACGGCGGGGCUCUACCUGCACAUGUUCAUCCUGGCCUACUUCCACUCGCGCCGCAUCGUGACCUUCCACAAGAGUCGCCGGCAGGCCACGAGCAUGAAGGGAGCGAUCACGCUCACCAUCCUGCUCGGGGUGUUUCUCCUGUGCUGGGGCCCUUUCUUCCUCCACCUCAUCCUCAUCCUAACCUGCCCCACGCGCCCCUUCUGCAAUUGCUUCUUUAGAAAUUUUAAUCUUUUCCUCAUUCUUAUAAUAUGCAAUUCUCUCAUCGACCCCCUUAUAUACGCCUAUCGGAGCCAAGAGCUUAGGAAAACGUUAAAAGAGCUGGUUCUCUGUUCUUGGUAUUUUGGCGUGUAACAACAUUUAUUUGCAUAAAGCACCAUACUAUUUCGAAUCCCUUCUUUUGUAAACACUCGUAUGAACACUGUUCAAUGAUCACCAGUUGAGGCAAAGCUGUCACUGCCAUUUGCAAAUUAAUGCAAAUGGCAGUGUAAAUUAAACACCAACCUCUCCGUCUGUCUGUCUGUCUGUCUGUCUGUCUGUCUGUCUGUCUGUCUGUCUGUCUGUCUGUCUGUCUGUCUGUCUGUCUGUCUGUUAAUCAAUCUAUCUAUCCAUCCAUCCAUCCCUAUAUAUAUGCAUCUAUCUAACCACUAAAAGAAAGAUCUGUCUGUAUAGAAAUGUAGAUCUACAGACAGAUAUAUAGAUAGAUACAUCUUUGUCUAUCUUUCA